AACGAAAGAGAGAAAAGGAGCCAUGCACUUAGGGAGCCGCAGGAAGAAACGCUUCAAACAGCUGAUUCUCCCCCCCCCCGUUUUCAAUCCCUGCCUGUCGUUUUGCAAGCACGCCGGAGGCUACGAUCUCUGUGUUACCUUAAAGGAUGUGGAGCGAAGGCGAGUCUGAAGGGCUCCAGACUUUAGGAAUUGUGGUGGUGAUUUGUUCCUCUCUGAAACUUUUGCACUACCUUGGACUGAUUGACUUGUCAGAUGACUUCGCCCGGUGGUAUUACCUGUCUCAGAGAGAUAAAAUUGAAGAUGAAUUGGAAAUGACCACAGUAUGUCAUCGGCCUGAAGGACUAGAACAACUUGAGGCACAAACCAAUUUCACAAAGAAGGAACUUCAAGUACUUUACAGAAGAUUCAAAAAUGAAUGUCCUAGUGGAGCUGUUAAUGAAGAGACAUUCAAACAGAUCUAUGCACAGUUUUUCCCACAUGGCGAUGCUAGUAUGUAUGCCCACUAUCUCUUUAAUGCGUUUGAUACAGCACAGAAUGGAUCAGUGAAGUUUGAGGAUUUUGUGACGGCACUAUCCAUUCUGUUGAGGGGAACAGUUCACGAAAAGCUACGAUGGACAUUUAAUCUGUAUGACAUAAAUAAAGAUGGCUACAUAAACAAGGAGGAAAUGAUGGAUAUAGUAAAGGCAAUUUACGACAUGAUGGGCAAAUAUACCUACCCAGUGCUGAAAGAAGAUGCUCCAAGGCAGCAUGUAGAAGUUUUUUUCCAGAAAAUGGAUAAAAAUAAAGAUGGCGUUGUUACACUGGAUGAGUUUAUUGAGUCAUGUCAGGAGGAUGACAAUAUCAUGAGAUCCUUACAGCUUUUUGAAAAUGUCAUGUAACAGCAGCUGAAGAGCAGCAUAGGAAUCUGAGACUUUAUAUGUAAUGAGACCCUGGAGAAAAUGAGUCAAGAUUUUUCUCCCUGCCACCUUUUUUGAUGAAAGCUUUUUACUACUUGGACAUAGAGUGCAAGGAUUUUGUAUGCCAUCGCAAACUGAGCUGUGUCUCUGAAUGCAACAAACUCCCCCUUGCCUCCCUCAAGAGACACUGAUUAUAAUUUAUUUCGUUUGGAAGCAUGCUAAUAAAACCUGACCAGAGAGACCUGCUGCUUAAAAUUUAAUGAAUUAUUGAAGUUUAAAUGAUUAAAACAAUAUGCAAGUUUCUGUUUGCUAAUCACAAAAGUUCUGCUGCUUUUGCUCUAGCCAGCUGGAUUGCAUAUGGUACCACAGCAUCACUAGCUUGCCUAACCAUCUAUUGUAAGCAGAAACUCUUUUUGUAUCAUCACAGGAAACAGUUGUGCUUAUAUUUUGUUUUGACAGUGAGAAAUGUGCUAAAAAAACUCAUGCUAGUUUUGCAAAGUGACACAAAUUUAACAUGAUAAAUGAAGGGCAGGAUUAAUUUAGGGCAUAUCUAGAUGAUCAGUUUAUAGUUCAACAACUGCAGAAUCGUGGCUCAUUUGUCACACAAGUAUCCAGGUAUUUUCCCAGUUUUUAAAAAUGCACCAGAUUGUUUCUAGGGAAAUUAUUUCCCCCACUGGCAAAGCUAUUGUGAGCUGGAGGGUUUGCAGCAUUUGGCUGCAUGUCAUGACAGUAUCCUAGUGUCCAUAACAUCAGUAAUGAUGGGUGAUGCAACUCCAUCCCCAUCACAUGGUCAUUUCAUACUGCAAGGCUAACACCAACACUCUGCCUGCAAAGAGGGGAUUUGCUGGAAGCUGAAACUGACACUUCCCAAGACAAAGUUUAUGGAAGCCUCUAGUCAGUUAUAUCACCAGCAUAUCCAUGGCAAGUCUUUACACUUUGCCUUGAGGUGAGACUUAGAUCAUCCUUCUUCUUCAGGUGUCCUCCAGCUGAUAGUUCCAGCCAUUCUGGUUGGUCCUGAUGGGAGUUAGUCCAAAAUAUCUAGAUGGACUUGUUGCUGUGGGGAGAGAAGGCAAAUGACGUGUGUGUGUGUGUGUGUGUGUGUGUGUGAGUGUGUGUGUGUGUGUGAGAGAGAGAGAGAGAGAGAGAGAGAGCUUUGCUUUAGGACUACCAAGUGCUCUCCCUCCCAUGCAACUAAACACAAAUUAUUCAGCUUAAAAAUAAAUAUAUAUAUAUAGAAAUAGCAUUAGGAAUGUCACUUGUAAAACUCCAUCCUCACCCCACCCCCAAUUGUAUAUGGAUUGGUUUAUGCUCUGCAGCCUUUGAAGUGGGAUUUGAAGGACCAUUCUGCAGAGCCAAGAAUGCAUUGGGGGCAUUCCUGAAACUGAUUUCCUGGACAAGCCCAGCACAUUACUUCCUUCUCCUUGCUCUCAAAAACUUAUACUUGGACACACACCCCUUCCCCAACUGACUGUAAUGAAGUUUCUCAUUGUGCACACAGGUCAGUUAAAAUUCUUAUAGUUUCCAAAAGUCAAGAGAGUCAGAUAAAGGGGGACUCUACUUUUGCAGGCAAGAUCUGCAAUGUAUUCUACCAAAUAACACUAAGGUUUGAUGGUUUGCCUCAUUGCUUUCAUUGACCUGAAAGGUGCAUAGCUGAGGCCAAAGCUUCUAUAGUGUUUUAAAGGGCUGGAAUAUUAAAAAGACACAAGCUUCCCCAUUCACUGUCCCCUAGUGCACACAGCAAUGAAGUGGGGUAUCAACAUAUAGUACUGGAUAUUGUUUUGUAUCAUGUUAAAUGAGGAGCUCUAAACAGCCCACCAAGUACUUUUUUUCUCAGACAGAGCCCUACUGAAAGGAGCUAAGAUCAUGCAGUUUCCUUGUGUAUUGUGCCUAGAGUUUUCAAGCACAAAAGCAAGCACGUUGCUCUCAAUACAGUAGGGCCCCACUUUACAGCGCUUCGCUAAUGCAGUGGUCUCAAUUAGACACAAUUUGACUAAAGCCCCACUCAUACGGCGCUUGUUCCACUUUUAUGGCGGUUUUCGGGCGUUGCAUGCCAUUCUAUUAAAUGAAUUCCGCUUUACAGUGGUUUUCACUUUACAGCGGGGGUCCGGAACAUAACCCGCCGUAUGAGUGGGGCCCUACUGUACACUAAAAUGUAUGCCAUUUGAACAUUUAACAGUAACUGAAAAGUAUCGUAUUUUCCAGUAUACAAAACAAUUCAAAACCACAAGGCUAGAAUCUUGAGCCUACAUGAUGCACACAUUGAUUUCACUGAGGCUGGGAGCACCAGCUUGCAAAACGAGGAUGUUUAGAAGCUAGGAUAAAAAACAGCUAUUCUCUCCAAACUAGGGGUUUUUGAAGUACUUGAACAAAAUACCUUGAUUGGUUUUAAAGUAUCAUACACUGGUGAAUUUUGCCAUCUUCACCCAUUUCAGGAACAAACCUUUUGAAAUAAAAUGUCAAAAAGGAGAUGCCUCAUGUUAUUUUAAGCUAUUAGUGGCACUAUACUUGGCCCAUUCUGAAACAUGAAA